CAUAAUAACAACAAUAAUAAUAAUAUCAAUGAUGAAUUAAAUGAAAGUGGCUCAAUAAUUGAAAUUAAUAAAAUAGAAAAUAAUAGCGAUAAUGAAGAGGUCUCAUUAACAUCAAAUAAUACCAGUAAUAGUUUUUUUCAAAAAAUAAGAAAUAAUAUAUCAUCUUCAUUUAGAAAAUAUACAGAUAAAAACGAAGAGGAGGAAGAUGAAGAAAGUAGAAUUAAUUAUUCAUAUUAUCUCGGUGACAAUGAAGAGGAUGGUAGUAAUAUUGAAAGUACUCACCCAAAUACAAUUACAAUUACAACCAGUAAUAUAAAUAAUAGUGAUAGUAAUGAAGCUCAAAUUACUCAACUUCCUUUAUACUCUGUAAAUACAACACCAACAUGGUUUAUAAGAGCAAACGACCCAUACAGUUUAGAAAGUCAUAUUAUAAACCAUAUGCGAUCCAAUAGCAGAUACGAUGCAUUAUUAGAACAAAUUCAACAACGACAUCAGCAUGAUGGCGAUCAGAAUCAAUUUACACCGUACUCUAACCAUUUUGCAAACGAAAUCCAACAAAUUAGAGAUCAACAAAACAAUUUAAUCAAAGAUAACGACAUCAUUGUAAUAGAGCAACCGAACAAUAAAAUAUCGAUCGGUUUCUCUGAAAGCAAAUUUACACAUUAUCACAAGAGCGGCGAGCAUAAUCCAUCUGGUUACUUUAGUCCCAACGACGAAAUCAUCCAAAGACUAUCAAGCCAAUACAGAGAGUUUGGUAUAUCUUCACCCAAUGGAAUUCGAGACGAUGUUAGCGACAAUUUCUCAGAUUACGGUGUUAGACUAUCAUUUUUCGAGUUGGAAAAGCGAAAGAAACUCUUCCUCUCUGUUCUCAGCGUCGAAAUGUUUUAUUAUUGUCUUCUCUUGACCUCAUUUACAUCGUUUCAUCCAUUAAUCGUAUUCCUGUUGGUUGGUCUUGCAAACAAUAUAUUGGCCUUAAUCUCAAUCAAAAGACAAAACGUUAUAGCAUUCUCAAUAUUUUUAUGCAUCGAAAUCUUGAUGAUUGCUUUCAACUAUUUCACCGACCUUACAGCAUUAUUUAUUCUCAGAGUUAUCUUAUUUAUGAUAGCGUAUAAAUUAAGACAAGAAAUGAUCAUAUUCCAGUCAUAUCCAAAUUCACAACAAUAUACAAUUUAA